CUUCAGCACCAGUCCCUCUCCCUCUUCCUCUCUCUCUCUCUCUCUCUCUCUCUCCCUCUAUCUCUCAGUCUGUCUCUCUCCUCACAUGCAGAAGAAUUGUUCUCCAUGAGGCGCUCCGCUUCACUCACGGCUGGAUUUCUGCGUUUAUGAUUCUCUUCAAACAGUUCGUUUUCUAAGGCUUGAUUUUUGAGGCAGGAGAGAAAAUGGCUCAAAGCGCGCUGCUUUUUUUAUUAUGGCUAUUCGGCACAUCUCUCGCUGGCUUCCCCAAUCAAAUAAAUAUCGGUGGGCUCUUCAUGCGUUCCACCGUGCAAGAACACAGCGCUUUCAGAUUCGCUGUGCAGCUCUACAACACCAAUCAGAACAUGACUGAGAAACCCUUCCAUCUCAAUUACAACGUAGAUAACCUGGAGUCCUCCAACAGUUUCUCUGUCACUCAUGCAUUUUGUUCGCAGUUCUCCAGAGGGGUGUAUGCCAUCUUUGGCUUCUAUGACAAGAAGUCCAUGAACACACUGACCUCCUUCUGCGGGGCCCUCCACACCUCCUUCGUCACACCCAGCUACCCCAUCGACUCAGACGUGCAGUUUGUCAUCCAGAUGCGCCCUCCAUUGAAGGGUGCCGUCCUGAGUCUCCUGUCUCACUACAAGUGGGACAAGUUCGUCUACCUCUAUGACACAGACAGAGGAUUUUCCAUUCUUCAAGCCAUUAUGGAGGCUGCAGUGGCAAACAACUGGCAAGUUACAGCGCGGUCGGUGGGCAGCAUCACGGACCCCCAGGAGUUCCGGCGCAUCAUUGAGGAAAUGGACAGGAGACAGGAGAAGCGCUACCUCAUCGACUGUGAAGUGGACAGAAUCAAUGUCAUCUUGGAGCAGGUUGUGGCACUCGGAAAGAACAGUCGGGGCUACCAUUAUGUUAUUGCCAAUCUGGGCUUCACCAACAUCAGCCUGGACAAGGUUUUUCUCGGUGGAGCAAACAUUAGUGGCUUCCAGAUAAUCAAUCCCGAAAACACAGUUGUUCAACAGUUUCUCCAGAGAUGGGACCGUCUAGAUGAAAGAGAGUUUCCUGAAGCUAGAAACACACCUCUGAAGUACACUUCAGCGCUGUCUUAUGAUGCUAUCCUGGUCAUUGCGGAGGCGUUCCGAUACCUGCGACGCCAGCGAGUAGAUGUGUCCAGACGAGGCAGUGCGGGCGAUUGCCUAGCUAACCCUGCGGUCCCUUGGAGCCAAGGCAUCGACAUUGAACGAGCUCUCAAAAUGGUCCAGGUGCAAGGGAUGACUGGCAAUAUCCAGUUUGACAGCUUUGGUCGCAGAUCAAACUACACUAUUGAUGUUUAUGAAAUGAAAACAGGGGGCCCAAGAAAAAUUGGAUACUGGAACGAGUUUGAGCGCUUUGUUAAUAUAAUGGAUCAGCAGUACACCAACGAUUCCUCAGUGGAAAACCGAACAAUUGUGGUCACUACUAUUAUGGAAGCACCAUAUGUGAUGUACAAGAAAAACCACAUGCAUCUGGAAGGCAAUGACAAGUAUGAAGGCUACUGUGUCGAUUUAGCUUCUGAGAUUGCCAAACAUGUCGGGAUUAAGUACAGACUGUCCAUAGUCAUGGAUGGAAAAUAUGGCGCCCGUGACCCAGAAACCAAGACUUGGAAUGGGAUGGUGGGUGAACUAGUCUAUGGGAGAGCAGAUAUAGCCGUCGCACCAUUAACAAUCACGCUAGUGCGAGAGGAAGUCAUUGACUUUUCUAAGCCCUUCAUGAGUUUGGGCAUCUCCAUUAUGAUCAAGAAACCUCAGAAGUCCAAGCCGGGUGUGUUCUCCUUCCUGGACCCUCUGGCGUAUGAGAUCUGGAUGUGUAUCGUUUUCGCCUACAUCGGCGUCAGCGUGGUGCUGUUCCUCGUGAGCCGCUUCAGUCCCUAUGAGUGGCACCUGGAUGAGACUGAUGAAGCCAAAGACCCCCAGACCCCUCCAGACCCGCCUAAUGACUUUGGGAUUUUUAACAGCCUGUGGUUCUCUCUAGGGGCCUUCAUGCAGCAGGGCUGUGAUAUCUCACCAAGGUCCUUAUCGGGCAGAAUAGUGGGAGGCGUCUGGUGGUUCUUCACCCUCAUCAUAAUCUCGUCCUACACGGCUAACCUGGCUGCUUUCCUCACAGUGGAGAGGAUGGUCUCUCCCAUAGAGAGCGCUGAAGAUCUAGCCAAACAAACAGAGAUCGCAUACGGAACCUUGGACUCAGGAUCAACCAAAGAGUUCUUUAGGCGUUCAAAAAUAGCAGUGUACGAAAAAAUGUGGUCGUACAUGAAAUCGGCCGAGCCCUCUGUCUUCGCCAAGACCACACCCGACGGGGUGGCACGGGUACGAAAGUCGAAGGGCAAAUUCGCCUUUCUUCUCGAAUCCACCAUGAACGAAUACAUUGAGCAGAGGAAACCCUGCGACACCAUGAAAGUGGGCGGCAAUCUGGACUCUAAGGGCUAUGGUGUGGCGACCCCCAAAGGCUCAGCAUUAAGAAAUGCUGUUAACCUGGCAGUUUUAAAACUGAAUGAGCAAGGCCUGUUGGACAAAUUGAAAAACAAAUGGUGGUACGACAAGGGAGAGUGCGGCAGCGGGGGAGGUGACUCCAAGGUCAGCCUCAAUGUCACCGAAAUCGGGUACCAUAGUACAGAGUAAUCGGCAAGCCUGUUAUUCCUGAACCGAGCCAAAAAAAAAAAAAAAAAACAACCAAAAAGAAAAAAAAAUAUGCAUCCUUUCAGUGACCCCACUUUAUUGUGCCACAUUAUCUGAGAGCUAAACCAGAACCCUGACUUGGCUAACGGAGGAGAGAAAAUGACCAGUAUGAUUUUGUCCUACUGAGGAGAAGUCACUUUGUUUUUUUACACACUUCUUGUUAGAGAUGCUGUUUGGUUAGCAGCUGGAGCUGCGCUAGUUCAUUAGCAAUAUUAGCGCUGAGACUGAUGAACUGUUCGUGUUUUAGGAAUCGGAGAAAACAUCCGCCUGGCAGACAGUAAAGAGAGACUCGAGAUUGCCUUCUCGCUUUGCUUCUGCUAGGCAGCUGUCCACGGACGGUGACCUAGUCUUCUUAGUUAGUUUUCUUUUUCUCAGGUAGAAUAGCAACAACUUUUCACCAUUUAUUCCAGAAGUCAAAGGGGAAGCGUGUUAAGUCCCGCCAACCAGAGCAGUGUUUUAAGUGUUAUACUUUUUUAGAAGUAUGAGAGGACAAAUCAAUGUAACAUCCUAAAACUUUAAUGUCUGACAGGACUAAUCGACAGAGUAGAUCAGGACUGGUAAAACACUGACAUAACAGUGUGAUCUGAGGCUUGAGUGGCUAAGAAUAGCACACAUACAUGAGCAUUCUCAUCUCCACACAGGAUCAGAAAUCCAUCACUUCAUUUGAUCCUGGCUAUUUGUCCUCCCUCCACGAGGCCGAUGUUAACCCACACAGCAGGGUAUAUGUGGGACGUGUUGGGCCCAGUCCAGCCCUUAUUUUGUACUCAUGUGGAGGUGAAGAUUAACUGAUGUGCUACCAUUAGACUUUCCAGGUCAAUUCACAUCAUACAGAAGGGCAAAAUCACUUUUAUAUGGAACUGUUCUUGUUGUUUGUUUUGAGAAUAAUAGUCAAAAUGGGGACACACAUGAUGAGGGCUAACAGUGCUUUUUCAUGUGUGUCCCAGACUUAAAAGUGUACAGCAUUAAAAGCCUCAUUUUCAGGACCUUAAAAUUUGCCAAAGUAGAGCACGGAUGUAGUUUCUAUAAUAAAUGCAAUAUAGAGCAUGAAUUUUCUCGACAUGUGAAAGGAUUUAUGAAACCACUAAAAGCAUUUCAAUUUAACUGAAAUCUCUUGCACUCCACCAUAAUACUUCAGUCUACAUUUGCAUAACAUUUGGGAUUGUAAAUGCUAGCUUUUUCUCCACUUAAAAUAUACUAGAUUUUGUUAGUGCUAGAAUAGGUUGUUUAAUCUAAUUUUUUGAGGAAUUGGGGAAGAUUUUUCAUUUGAUUUAAAGUCAACAUGAAAUGGCAUUUACAUAAUGUGACAUUUCUGGGUGAAAUUUUGUUCGGAUUGUUGUUGGAUGUUCGAUAAGAAAACAUUGAUGGAAGGUAUUUGCAAUUUUUGCUAUUAUAGUUUUUAUUAAUUAACUAGCAUCAAAUUACUGCACUGAUUAUUGCAUACUAAGAUUUUAGAAAUUCUACAUCACCCAGAACAGAAAAAGACAACCCAGGUUUAUUGAAAAACAUGCCUCCAAAAAUGUACCUAUACAUACAAUUCACUGCAGUUUCCAGCUGAAAUAAACACUAGCAAUAAAACACCAACUUUCAUUCAUUUUCACACAAAUUUAGAUUAUGGGGGAGACUUGUUUUCAUGUACAAUACUAAGUUCAGUAUCAGUUAUGACUAUUGGUUAGGUUUAGGUUUAGGUUCAGGUUUAGUGUAGGUGGUUCAUUAAUCACAAAUGCGAUAGAACUUUAACCUUUUAGCGCCAAUCAGCAGACAUUUCAUUACAUCAGCCGUAGUUGUUGCAAAACAUUGCCAGACUCAUGCUCACCUGUUUUGGAUAAAACUGAACAUCUUUUAAAGUGUUGCGAAACUGCAAGAAGCAAAGCAAUCAUAAAAGGUUGCCAUAAGCAUAUUUUUCCAAUGAGCCUGGGUUGGAAAAAGGCAUAAAAAUGCCUACAUAGCUGGUACAGCCUUGGUGACAUCAAUCAAAAGCAAAAACUGUUUCUGAGGAGGAGCAAGUAAUUAUAUUUUGAUCAAAGAUUACCUUUUUUUUUUUUUUUUUGGAAUAGCAUGCACUAAUGAACUAGAAAUGUGUAUUCAGCCAGAACAUAAGGCCAGUUUUGAUUUCAUGUUGACUUUAAUUGUAAUUUCUUUCCAUAGUUUCCUAUUUCCUGAAAAUGGGGCCUCUCUAAUAACAUCUGUACUAGUUGUUAGGGAGCAGGUUUUUCAGUACAAACAAAAGCAUUGUGCCCCCUGCCUGUGGAUGAAGGUGAAAGGUUAUGUGAGCUUUCAUAAUCACCUUCUUUGUUCCAGCUCUCUGUUUUUGCAGUUUGCAGUGAUUUGAAGCCCCCAUUAGUCGACACGCAGUGGAUGGGCUAGCUCUAAUGAUCUAAUGCAGCGAGGCUGCAGUGGCGCGUCUGGACCCAGCCGCACAGCCAGCUGUGGAAAAACACAACAAAAAGAGAGAAAAACAGGAGAGAAAUCCACAUUAAGCCACCUGCGACAAACAGACAUCAUGAGUCACACAACCCGUUCUCCUCUCGGCCCCUGGCAGCCCGCUGCCAUCCUUGCUGCUGAUAGGUUUCCCACUCCAGUCGCUCCGAGGAUAAUUACAUUGUUAAUCAAUGUCUCUCCCCAAGCUAAAAGAAAUGUUAGGACCACAUAGCUAAAUCAGCAGCAGCCAUGAGAAAUGUAAAGAACAUUUAAGCAACUAAUUAUGUCUAGACGAGUGAUGGCACGGCUUUCUAUUAUAGUCAAAACAAAACAAAAUUCCAUUUUAGAGGUUUACAUUACAUUUUAGAAAAAUGGCGUUCUCUAGCAACAGACUUAAAGUCAACAUGAAAUGAUAAUCGCAACCCAUUUGGCAUGCAGUUAAAUGCGAUAUUCUUCAAGAAAAAAAGUGAGACUUUAUUUCCGUUAACAAGAACUGAUUGCAUUUCAUGGAAAAAAUUGUGCAGGAUGUACUUUGAGACAGAAACUGCUAGUAAAUUUCACAAGUAAUUACAGUGUAAUUUUGAAGUAGACAGACUAAAACAGUAUUUUGUUUUUUUCUGUAAAACAUACUCCGGUCAUCUUUAUUAACUUAAUUAUUUGCAGUGAAGGACACAAGACAUUCAGAGGCAGAGCAAGUUAUUGCAUUAUGAUGAAAGAUUACAAAAGCAAAUAUAUUUUUUUCUUUGGAGUAUUGUGCAGUAUUGCUUCUUUUGGAGAGUCUUGCACAAUAAGAAAUGCAUGUAUAUUAUGGAAAUGUAUUGAUUUCGUGUUGACUUUAAUGAAUAGCAUUGCGUUAACUGUAUAUAAUUGAAGAGCACUACCCAAAAAUGGCCACCACAUCAAUCGUUGAUCACAGUUUUUCGUUAGCCGCUAAUGCUAAUGUUAUUUACAGUACCCGCAGCUACCGAUUAGCGACACUAGCCUUUGAUGUAGCGCGACUAGGCACCGGUUCGGUUAACUCCAGCACCCAGGUAACACAGUGUUUUACUUUGCAAAUGCUUUGACUCAUCUGUGUACGGUCUUGUUUACUUUUGUAUGUGUGUUUGCCUGUUUGGUUUCUUUGUACUCUCCGCCUGUAAUCCGUUCACAGAGUCCUAACGCCAGCUCUCCUCAGCCUGAGCAAAAUACUACUGGUAAUUUUCGUUGGUCUGUCAGUCAGUCGAGGGUUCCAGUGGAGAUCCACAUUCUCAGAUGCUCAAAUUAACCAAGACGCUUCUCUGCUUUUAUAGCCACGCAGGCGAUCUCUUCAGAAACCUGCCCGUUCUUCUCUUAACAGUGUAUGCCGAUUACUCAAAGCGAUACGGGUAGGUCCUGGCACACUAGCUUAGCCCUGGUGAAUGGAAGGUACUAGUCAGAAUGCCUGCCACAUGUGUGUUGAUAAUGGCCAGGAGCCCUGCUUUAUCGCUUUGUAAAGUAUGAAGUAGUUAAGACUUGAAUAACAUAAAAUAACAUAAUAUAAUGUUAUUUAUGUUAUUUCCCACGUGAAGAACUCCUGUAAACCUUGCAGUAUUGAAACUCAGUGAACAAGGCAUCUUAGCCAAGCUGAAAAACAAAUGGUGGUACGAUAAGGGUGAAUGUGGAACCAAGGACUCGGGAAGUAAGGUCAGUCGCUGCAGGUCUUUUGUACU